GCGUUUACUCUGACCACUUCUUUUUAUCAACUCCUUAGUACUAUGAUGAAAAAGAGGCGGAAAAGUACACAUCCAAUUCCCACAUUAUUGAUGUUCAGACACGCAUAACGGAGCGCGCAUUGGAAUUGUUGGCUUUGCCGGACGAUGAAUGCUGCAUGCUUUUAGAUAUUGGGUAGAGUCGGCAUGUUGUUAAUGAACUAGCUUCCUAGCUGCGGUUCUGGACUGAGUGGCGAGACGAUAACAGAGAAUGGACACGCGUGGGUCGGAAUUGACAUUAGCACUGCAAUGCUAUCAGUUGCCCGCGAGCGUGAAGUGGAGGGCGAUUUAAUCCUCGGCGACAUUGGUUGCGGUGUACCGUUUCGCGGCGGAUCAUUUGAUGGCGCAGUCAGUGUCUCUGCAAUUCAGUGGUUAUGCAAUGCGGACCGGACGGAACACAAUCCAGUGGCUCGUAUACGUUGUUUCUUCACUUCUCUUUAUGCUUGCCUUUCAAGGACUGCCAGAGCUGUUUUACAGUUCUAUCCGGAGUCUAUUUCUCAAGCAGAUUUGUUGCAAAAUGAAGCGAUGCGUGCUGGAUUCAGUGGUGGAUUAAUUAUCGAUUUUCCAAAUAGUACACGUGCGAAGAAGUACUUUCUAGUCCUUGAUGUAACCAACUAUCGACGGCUUCCACAAGCACUCACUGAAGGUGGCUAUCAAGAUGUACCUACUGGAGUAUCUGGGGGGAAGCGAAGUGAGGCGCGCGAAUGUCAUCGAUUCAAGAAACCACCUAAACACAGCGUGGCCUGGAUCAAACAGAAGAAAGAACGCGCUCGCAAACAGAUGAAGGAAGUGGCGCAUGACUCGAAGUACACGGGCCGCAAACGGGCACAGCGACUCUGAUGUCAUCUUGGAAAAGACCUGAUGUAAAUAAAUACACGUGGC